AAAUCUGACCCUCUCGUCACGUGAUCCUCACAGAUUCGGCAGAGUCCCGGUGACGUCAUGACAAGGGGAUUCCUUGUGCGCAGGACAGAGGCCGGUCUCGCGGUUCGCGCCCUGAUUGGUCGCGGUCGCUCUGAAGGAACUCCCAAGUGGGCGUGGCUAAUGUGCUACGUCAUCGUUCCCUUUAAAUGACUAUAUAUCGGAGGCGGCGGCUCCCUGGGAUGUCAGUGCAGCAGUGAUCGUUCCUCCGGGUCACCUCUCCGUUCUCCGACACGAUGUUUGACCGGGAGCGGGGCUGGAAUCUGUCGUUCGCCGGCUGUGGCUUCCUCGGCGUCUAUCACGUCGGGGUGUCCAGCUGUCUCCAGGAGAGGGCGCCCUAUCUGAUCACCGAGGCCACCAAGAUCUACGGAGCGUCUGCCGGAGCCCUGAACGCGGCUGCGCUGGUGUGUGGCUGCUGCCUGGCGGAAUGUUGUUCAGAUGUGAUGGAGGUGGCCAAGGAGGCCAGGAAGAGGAACCUGGGGCCGUUACAUCCUUCCUUCAACUUGGUCAAGAUCCUGAAGAAUGGACUGUAUAGAAACCUCCCGGAAAAUGCACACGAGCUGGCAUCGGGCAAACUAUGCAUAUCCCUCACUCGGGUCUCAGAUGGAGAGAAUGUGCUGGUGUCGGAGUUUGCCACUAAAGAGGAGCUAAUUCAGGCCUUAAUAUGUAGCGCCUUUGUCCCUAUUUACUGUGGGAUCAUCCCGCCAACAUUCAGAGGAGUGCGUUAUGUUGAUGGUGGAAUUAGCAAUAAUUUGCCAGAAUAUGAGCUGAAGAACACAAUCACAAUCUCUCCCUUCUCUGGGGAAUCUGACAUCUGCCCGAGAGACAACUCAACCAACUUCCAUGAGCUGAGAGUGACCAACACCAGCAUCCAGUUCAGCCUGGGAAAUCUUUACCGGCUAACCCGCGCCCUCUUCCCACCUGAGCCUAAAGUUCUGGGAGAGAUGUGCCAACAGGGCUACAAUGAUGCACUUAGAUUCCUAAAAGACAACAAACUUUUAAUAUUGCCAUCGCCCCAUAAAGAUCUGCAGCUAAAGCAGGAGGCCGGUUCCGUUUCUCCCUGCAGCAGCCCGGAGUGUAUUGCGGCCUCCCGCUCGGAGAAAGAAACGAAGAAACAAAGUGACAUGGCUGCUCUGGCGAAGAAAGUUCCUUGGCCUCUAGAUAAGAGGAUAAUAGAAAGACUCCCUCCCACCUUGUUAAAAGCUUUACAAGAAGCCUGCAAGGAGAAAGAAGGACUGUACAAUCAGAUCACCAGUCUCCUGCCGAUGCGGGUGGCUUCCUAUAUGGCCCUGCCUUGUACUCUGCCUGUGGAAUCUGCCUAUUCUAUGGCUUUAAGGUUGGUCGACUGGUUCCCUGAUAUCCCGGAUGAUGUUCGUUGGAUGCAGGAGCUGAUGCGCUCGGUGGCUGGAACGGUCUAUUACCAGGCGAGGAAAAGGCUGCUCCCGGCAAGGCCUCCAGUUCGUGGCACCCUGAGAAAGUGUCUGAGCCUCCCAGCUCCAUACCACCAGCCGUCCGCCUAUCUCCCCGCUAAUAACUACUCUUCCAUGGACCUAGAAAGUUGGGUGUUUGACUUCUCCACCCCUGUGAGUUCGGACUACUCUCCUGUACACGUGAUGGCAACGUGCGGCCGUCCCGCGCACUUCAGUUUUGAUGACUCGGGGGUGGAGAUGAACCUCUCCGCUGAAGAUGCCGAUUCUUCCUCAGAAGUCGGGUUCUAGGUUUUACUGGAAUUUUAAGAUUUCAUCUCGCGUGGGGGGGGGGGGGGGGAGAGAAGAAGGAUGCUCUGCAAUAUCCGUGUGCUCUGCAAUAUCCGUGUGCUCUGCAAUAUCACUGUGCUCUGCAAUAUCACUGGGACCCAUCUACUAGGGGGCAACACCCCUGUCUUUUGUUCUAAACCGCACUUGAAGUGACUAUACCGCCACAUUGUGAGGUGGACAGGUUAGAGAAAACAUGGCAUCUUACUACCGCUUGUCCAUGGGUUGUGUGGGGUAUUGCAGUUUAUGCCAUGACUAAGGGUCAUACAGACCCCAGAAACCAGUCGCGGUAAAGUGAAAGUAACUUUUUAUAUAUCGAACAGGAACACUCAGAGCUAGUUUUGUUCUUUUUGGAUUCAGCUUUACUAGCAUAAAUGAGGCUGAGCUGCAAUACCAUAAACAACCUGUGGACCUGUAUGGCGCUGUUCUGGAGAAUCUCUAACUUGUACCACUAUAAAAGGCCUUUUCCUGAUCAGGCAGCAACACUGUGUUGGAUGAGAAAAUUUAUGGUCUAUGUUAUGUCCAGAACAAUGUGAGUUGUCUUCUACAACGAUGUUGCCAAACUACAACUCCCAUCAUGCCUGGACAGCCUUCGGCUGUCCAGGCAUGAUGGGAGUUGUAGUUUGGCAACAGCUAGCGAGCCACAGGUUGGGGAAUACUAUUCUAAAAUUCUGACCAUUGUGCAAGGGUAUUCCUAACAUUGCUAUUCAAGUGGAUAGGGCUGAGCUGCAAUACCAGACACGGCCUACAGACCAUGGUGGCGCUGUUUCGUGUGUGUUUGUAUUUUAUAUAAAACAAAAUCCUAUUUACUCUGCACUUCUCUGGAAAACACUUCUAUAUGUUUCAUACUUGUUCACGUCACAUCUUUCCUUGGUGUAGUAAUGUUUAAACUUGGUGUAAAUAAUAAGCUAAAUUGUACUUUUUAAUGAUCAAAGAACAAAAAAAGUUGAAGUUUUAUUGUACAUUAUAUAUAUAUUUUUUUUAAAAACUGGUCAUUAUAGCACUUUAAAAGCCCAGAGACGCUCUUGACAUGCGUUGUGUAUCAAGAAUGUAUCUUCAAUGGCGAGGUUGUUAGAAAACGUCUGUCCACAGGCGGUAUGUGGUAUUGCAACUGAGCUCUAUCAAAGGGGUUAUCCAGGAUUAUUAAAAACAGAGCUGAUUUUCUAAAAAUAAAAACAAACAGCGCCACCUCUGUCCUCAGGUUCUGUGUGGUAUUACAAUUUGGCUUCAGUGGAUCAGAGUGGCAAUACCACACACAAACUGAGGUGUGGUGCUGUUUUUUGGAAGAAUCUGGUUUUCUCUUCCCGGAUAAUAAUUUUUAAUUUGGAUGGGAAAGAAGUUGCAAUACCGAGACAAACCAUUGACAGGAGUGGCGCUGUUUCACAGAAGGAAAAAAUAACAUAGCAGCUUUUUAUGUCUAGGCCUGGUGGGGCAUCUAGUCCUAAAGAAUCUAUAGAUCUACAGUUUGACCCUUGUUUUGCCCUUGAGCCCAAAAGAUGGCUUCCUGCCCACCUCUGAUCUAUUUGCAGCGACUAUUAGUUGGAAUGCCGAAAAUGGGCGCAAUGGGGUACCGAAGUUGCAUAAGAUGGUGUAGCUAUGGUGUUCCUAUGCUACACCAUAUGCGCAACACCAUUUAAAGGGGUUAUCCAGAUUAGAAAAUACACUCUUUCUUGCAAAACAGCGCCACUCAUGUCCACAGGUUGUGUGUGGUAUUGCGGCUCAGCUCUAUUAAACUAAAUGGGAAUGAAUUGCACUACUGCACGCAACCUGUGGACAAGUGUGGCGCUUUUGCAAAAAAAGGGUUAUCCAGCACACUGUUGCCCAAAUCACCAGGCACACCCAGUGGAGACCGCCAUAUCGAGCAGCCAUAAAACUUCCAUAUUGUCCAGCGCUGUCACAUGGGCACCGUGUGCCUCCUUUCAGACUUUCAAGCUGCAGUGUGGUCAGUCUCCACGUUGUGUACUGUGGGCGGCCAUAUCCUAUGAAACGGUGGCGCUAUAGAGAGUCCGAACUCCUCGCCAAAAAAUACCCUCUAGCGUCGCCACCCUCACCAGCUAUUGUCGAAAUUUCCAUUACUGUCUUUUUAAAGAAAACUGUUACCCCUAGCGACUAGAGAUGAGUGAACUUACAGUAAAUUCGAUUCAAGACUUUCCUAGGACCGUAUCCACCUUUUCCAGCCCACCGGAGCACCUGAAAGCUGAACUAAUUUAUGCAGGAAAAGUCAUCAACUGCCGAGCCGAGAAGUUUGUGACGAAUCGAAUUUACUGUAAGUUCGCUCAUCUCUAAUAGCGACCAAUCAGUGCUACUUUCAUUUCAUAAUCUGCACUGAUUGGUUGCUAUGGAUUAAACAGUUUUUUUUUUUAAAUUUUAAAUAUCUUGAAUUGAAAAGGAAAGCUGCGCUGUGGUUACUAUGGGCAGUUCACUGUUGACCUUAGCAACCAGUGUCGGCACAGCUUCACAGAAUCCAAAAUGAAAGCUGCACUGUGAUUGGUUACUAUGGGCAGCACUACCUUAAAGGAAGAAAAGUGUUGGUUGCCCUUAGCAACAGAUCACAGCACAGCUUUCAUUUUUUAUUGUGCUAUAGAAAGUGAAAGCUGUGCUGUGAUUGGUUGCUGUGUGCAACAGACACAAAUAUAGUAUCUCAUGACUGCUAAAAUGGCGUUUUAUCUACAUAUCUUGGUGCGUGGAUCAGCCUUGUUUCCUACAUGUGAGAUUGUUAUAUAUGUAUAUAUUUCAGAUGAUCUUUUUUUAUAUUUCAAGUAGAACUUAAUGUAUAUAUAAAUUACUUACUUUUGUCCCUCGAAGACAGUGUUUCCCAAGCCGGGUGCCUCUAUCUGUUGCUAAACUAUAACUCCCAGCAUGCCCGGACAGCCUUUGGCUGUUCGGGCAUGCUGGGAGUUGUAGUUUUGCAACAGCUGGAGGAACACUGGUUGGGAAAUGCUGUUCCGGGGAGUGAGGUGCGCUGUCGCCAUCUUAACUUUUGACACUACUGCUGCUUGAAACCUGAUAUGACGGGUGCUGGGUCACUGCGACUUGUGCCGCCAUAUUGUGUGCUACCUUUCAGUUUACAAGGUCCCAGUGAUCUCCGAUCCAUAAGGCUCCAUGUACCUCACUCUAUCAUUGUCACCGGCCGCCUCUAGUGGCGGGGGGGGGAGGAGGAGUGCGUCAUAACCGGCGCGUAGGCGACUUCUGAUUUCAGUUUUGACACGCUUUACUGUUUUGUACUUGUGUGUAAUGUAACAUUUAAGGGGGAACCCCGGAUUUGUAGAAAUGUAUCCCCUAUCCACAAGAUAGGGGAUAAGUUGAUGACAAGAGGGGUCUGACUGCUGAAACCGGAACAGGGCCUAUUUCCCUACCUCAGGGCGCUCCGACCCCCACCUUCUGAGAUUAGUUUGUCUGGGAAGUUGGAGGCUGGAGUGCUUUGGGGGAAGGUAUGGGUCACGUUCUUGUCUGACCACUGGGACCCUCGGCAAUCAACAACUUAUCCCCUAUCUCAGUAUUUUCCUAAGUGUGUCUCCAGCUGUUUCAAAACUACAACUCUCAGCAUUCCCGGACAGCCUUCUGCGGUCCGGGCAAGCUGGGAGUUGUAGUUUUGCAACAGCUGGCUGCACACUGUUUGGAAAACACUGUCCUAUCCAGAGGAUAGUUAAGUUUUUACAAACUGGAGUUCCCUUUAAUUUCUAAGGAUUUCAUUUUUUUUAUUAUUGUUUAAGCCGGUGUUUAUUAAGACUCAUUUUAAACCUGCAAAAAGAUAAAGUUUCGCUGGCGCCCUUGGUGAGGUCUGCGCCAUCACCUAUGAUGUACUUCCUCCGUUUUACAUGUUCUGUUAUGUCUUGACAAAUGGUGGAUAUUUUAUAAGUCGCUAUGAUUCAAAAAAUAAAAUAAAUAUCACAAUUGUUAAGGAACGUCUGGUGA